GCUUGCGCCAUUGCAGAUUUCCCAGCAGAAGCAGCAGAAGAAGAAGAAGAAGAAAAAGCUCGUUGAUCGGAAAUGGCGGCGUCGGUGAUGACCUCCGUGAGUCUCAAACCAGCUCCCUUCACCGUCGAGAAAUCGGCAAAAGGUCUUCCGUCUCUCGCCAGGACUUCCGCCUCCUUCAAAGUCGAGGCCAGCGGCGGGAAGAAGAUCAAGACCGACAAACCCUACGGAAUCAAUGGUUCGAUGAAUUUGAGGGACGGACUUGAUGCAUCGGGAAGGAAGGGCAAGGGCAAGGGAGUCUACCAGUUUGUCGACAAGUAUGGGGCCAAUGUCGAUGGCUACAGUCCCAUCUACGAUACCAAGGACUGGUCUCCGAGUGGUGAUGUCUAUGUUGGUGGUACCACUGGAUUAGCCAUUUGGGCAGUGACCUUGGCUGGGCUCCUUGCUGGAGGUGCUCUUCUUGUGUACAACACCAGUGCUUUGGUCCAGUAAGAUUUGUUGGAAUUUGGAAGUCUGUUUUUUUUUUUUUCAGAGUAUAGCUUGUAGCAUGUUAUCAUGAACCAACAAUAUUAAGAAAUUUGUGUAAUUAUCUGGACUAUUUUGUCAUAAGUGCUUUCUCUUCUUCUUGUUCUUUUCA